AUGGCUGAGUCGAUGCUUAGUGAAUGGAUAAUAAUAACACAAGGUGGGCAGAGAGUUAUUGUACAGGAAAAGGAUGAGAAUCAGGAUCACUUGGUAGAAAAUGUAGUUACUAUUCAGGGAUUGACAUCUUCGGGAUAUUUAUUAGCCAUUGGCGAGGACGGUCAUAUGUGCGAGCUUCAUCCAGAUGGCAAUAGGUAUCAUAUCAAAUAUUUUCACUAG